AUGACCUCUAUCGUGUCAACCGUUACGCAUCGGGACUUGAUCCUAAAGGAUUUAAACGAGGUGCCAUUUCCGCCUGAGCACUUGGAUCUCAAGCAAAUAUUGAAGACGAAACCACAUCGCUCUAAAGUAGCCUCUCUCAAAAAUGCGCAUAUACCAAAACGGACUCUCAAUGCCUUCUUAUUGUUUCGUAAAGAAUGUAUUGAAUACCUUAAAAAAGACAAAAAGGUUAUUGCAAAACAAAAGUUUUUGUCUACUUUGAUUGCAGAUACUUGGAGGGAACAACCAGCUCAUGUUAAAUUUUAUUACGAGGAUCUUGCCAAACAAGCUAAAAAACUUCAUAAAGAAAUGUCACCUCAAAUUCAAAUUCGUUUAUUUGAUCCUAAAUCUUUGAAUAAUGGAAAAAAUAAAAAUGAUUACAUGCGAACUGACGAAUUCAUAGCUAGUAGUCCGACUUCUUCGAAUGAGGAUAACUCUGUUACUUUUGAUAAUUUUCUAAAUCACGUCACUGUUCACGAUCAGCCCUUGUUCUGUGACGUUUAUAACAAUACUACCUUGAACAUGCAAACCAUGCAAAUAGACGAUUUCAUCGCUAGACCGACUUCUUCAAUCGAGGAUAACUUGAUUACUUUUCCAAUUCAGGUCACACAAUCAAAUAUUGAUCACUUUCAGAACCACGUUUAUAAUACUUCGAUCGAGGAUAACUCCGUUACCAUUGAUGAAAUUCUAAAUCACUCAGCUACUCCAAAAUCUACAUUUUUAUCAUAUGUGUAA